CAGUUAAAAGGAACACUAUCGAGUACUUAGCAUCAUUCCAAUGUUCUUUCUGGUUGCGGAAUCAAACUAGUUUCUACUUCACUAAAGUAAUUGCAAAGAAUAAUUGGAAGCAUGUACCGACCGGCGGGUUAUGAUGAUUCCGAUGAUGAUGAUAUCGAAGACUUCGGAUAUUUCUGUAGUUCAUAUACGGAGAAAAAGGAUAAUAGCGUGUUUAUGGCGAUCCAGGAAGAUGAUGACACGCUGCUUUAUAAUGCUGUUCUGGACGAUAAUCUGGAAGAAACGAAACGCAUUAUGAAACAAAAUGAGUUUUUACGUUCUGGGGGAGAGCUGCGUCAGGGCUGGCCGGCACUGUUUUAUGCCUGUUAUGAAGCCAAAUUAACAAUAGUGAAGUAUCUCGUGCAGGAGCAACAUAUUGAAGUGAAUCGGGAGUACGAUCUGCAGACGGCUCUCAUGAUUGCAUGCAGCUCACCACAAGCAUCGGAAUGCGUGUAUCAGAUCGUGCGGUUGCUGCUCGAUUACGGGGCAAUUAUCGGUAUGUUGGAUCAAUACGGACGUUCGCCGCUCAUGUUUGCCUGUAAGGAAGGUCACCUGGACGUAGUGAAAGAAAUCGUGGCCGAAUCUUCGCUGUUAUCGAUCGAUAAUGAGGGAAACACGGCACUGAUCCAUGCGGUUAAUAACAAUCGGUUGGAGGUGGUAAAGGUUUUGCUACGUGCCGGGGCACAAACUCACACUGUCAAUAAGCAGGGUUACACUCCAAGGCAGUGUGCAAUGAACAACAACUUUCUUGAUAUUGCUGAGCUGUUUCCACCAGAGCAAAAGCCGUUCGAGAUACCAUCCAAUUACUUGUGCUACAGCAACUUUCGUAACUUUAUUCACGGCAUACAGGACGAAGAUCCGCCCGGUUAUUACCCUGACCUAGGACCAAUGUUGGUUGGUAUGAAUAGCGAAGCAAAGCUCCACCUUUUCGUUGAACCGGGACUGAAUCUGUUCGAAUUUCUAACGCUUACCGAUGAAAGGUUGCGCGAGCUUGGCAUCAAGUUUCCGAUUGAACGAAAGCGCAUUCUGCUGGGACUGUACGAUUUUCAUCGCCAAAAAUGGUCUAAGAACAGUCUAUGGACGAUGCAAAAAGAACGCAUUCUGGACUUCUACGAUAUUUUGGAAGCACUUGGGAACAUGCUUAAACAUUUGACCAUCAUACAUGCAUCUUUGAUGUAUACGAAGCAGUUAACAGCAGGACAAGAUCCGAAAGCUUUUCUUAGCGCUAAACAAUGUGCCGAUCUAAACCUGCAAUUAGUUGAACUUCGGGCAUCCGUUGAUAAUUUGCAAAGUCAUAUUAAAAUCAUGCAUAAGCUGUCCAUCCCAAAGCCAGUUAUGCUCGUGGUGCCACCAAAUAAGGGCCAAAGAGCGUAUGUAAAAAUGAUGAAACUUGGCAUCUUUCUACUUGCCGGCGGAUUCUUGAUGUAUCGAAAAGUGAUGCGAUAAAAAGGAAAAUGGAAGAAAGAUUCCGUUUAGUACAAAUGACUAUGCUGUCAAUAAUGUUUCAACCACUGUGAACAUGAAAACGCUGUGACAUUUCAUUUAAUUUCAUUACAUUACAAUCCAUAGAAUA